GACUGCGCAAAAAUGGACAAUUUUCCCAAUCCUUUUUCAACCAUCUGUGCCUUUCAUCCUACCAACAAAUCAGUACUCUCUCCUUGCGCAUGCGGAGUACAGCACCUCUCUCUCCUUCCCCGCCUUCCAAGAUAGGGACUUAACUCCGGCUUGACAGAACCCCGCCGUCCCAGCAGUAGAGGAUUCUGAUUGGUCCGUCUCCCGGUCGGCCCCACCACCAAUGAGAAUGCCCGACGCGCACCCCCGCCUCUUUACAACGCCCUGGCGUCGAGGAUCGCGGAUAGCCGGGCUGGUUCCGUGUCAGCGCGAGCGCCGGCGACAUGGCGGUCGUGGGGGCCGUUCUGCGCAGGGCGGCGGUCUCGAGACCUCGGCUGCGCUUCGCCGGGGGAGCUCCGCCCCGCAGGCACGCGGCGCAUUUCACGUUCCAGGCGGACCCGGAGCCCACCCAGUAUGGGCCAACACAGAAAAUGAACCUUUUCCAGUCUAUCACAAGUGCCUUGGAUAAUGCCUUAUCCAGAGAUCCUACUGCAGUAAUAUUUGGGGAAGAUGUAUCCUUUGGUGGUGUCUUCAGGUGCACUGUUGGCUUGAGAGACAAAUAUGGUAAAGAUAGAGUGUUCAAUACCCCCUUAUGUGAACAAGGAAUUGUAGGAUUUGGCAUCGGAAUUGCUGUCACUGGAGCGACUGCCAUUGCAGAAAUCCAGUUUGCGGACUAUAUUUUUCCUGCCUUUGAUCAGAUUGUUAAUGAGGCAGCAAAAUAUCGGUAUCGUUCUGGAGAUCUAUUUAACUGUGGAAGCCUGACAAUAAGAGCCCCUUGGGGUUGUGUGGGUCAUGGUGCAUUGUACCAUUCCCAGUCACCAGAAGCCUUUUUUGCACACUGUCCCGGACUGAAGAUUGUUGUUCCAAGAGGUCCUGUUGAAGCCAAAGGACUGUUGCUAUCAUGCAUAGAAGAUAAAAAUCCCUGCAUCUUCUUUGAACCUAAAAUACUUUAUAGAGCAGCAGUGGAGAAUGUUCCUGUGGAACCGUACUACAUACCACUUUCUCAAGCAGACGUGUUACAGGGUGGAAGUGAUGUUACAUUGGUGGCUUGGGGCACUCAGGUUCAUGUUAUGAAAGAGGUUGCAGUUAUGGCUCAGGAAAAGCUUGGUGUGUCCUGUGAAGUAAUAGAUCUGAAGACUAUUCUGCCUUGGGAUACAGAAACUGUAUGCAAGUCAGUGGCAAAGACUGGACGUUUGCUGAUCAGUCAUGAAGCUCCUGUUACAGGAGGCUUUGCAGCUGAAAUUAGUUCCACUGUUCAGGAGGAAUGUUUCUUGAAUCUAGAAGCUCCUAUUUCAAGAGUAUGUGGUUAUGACACCCCAUUUCCUCACAUAUUUGAGCCAUUCUAUAUCCCAGACAAGUGGAAAUGUUAUGAUGCACUUCGGAAAAUGAUUAAUUAUUGAUUAUGCAGGAGAGAAGAACAAGAGAAAGAUGCUGUUGCUAUCUACAGAAUUCCUAGAAUUCCUUAUGUUUGUAGAGAAGAACUAAAUGAGAUAAUUUUCCUAACUGUAGUUUUCACAGUAUCUUAGCUAUCCAUCAAAAAAUCAGAAUUUCUGUUAGCUACAGAAUCAAGAAUGAGGCUGUUAAAUAUUUUACCAUGUAAAUUAAGGCCAAAAUCUUGUUGCUUCAUAAUGCUGGAAGAAGGGAAAUGUCAUAACUUGCUGUGGUAAAUUGCUGUUAAUUAACCAGACCCCACUUUAUAGGGCACCCAUUAAGUGGUUUGGCCCAUGACUAGGAAGAGAAUUUAGCCUGUCUCAAGAUUGGUUUCCAUUUCUUGCCUUAAUUGAUACAUCUGUUUACAGUUAUUCAGUUAUUUACAGUAUACAAUCUGUAUAUUAACACAAAACUGGCUGUGAUUGUUCACUUUGAUAUUAUUAAGGUGCUACUGUGUCAUCAUAUUCAUAAAAUAAUACUUUUUUUAAAAAAGUUGAGUAUUCUUAAAUUGAAAUUAUAAGAGAACCUGCUGUUUCAUUUGUAACAAAUACUAAAAAGAAACAUGGUACUCAAAUAGGUUGCUGUAUGAAAUUUGAUUUAAAUGGCUGAGGGAAUAGUAAAACUAAUGAAGACAGUCAUAUAUUACAAAUGUAAUUGGUAUGUACAGGUGCCUGGAAAUAUUGUCUCAUCCCCUUUUUGUGCAUGCAUGUUCUAUUGGCAGUGCUUGUUAGAGAAGUAAAUUUCAGAAAUACAAAUGAAAUUUCCUUCCAAAUGGGGAAAGUUUAGAUUUUUUUCAUUGUUUUCUGAUAGAGAGCCUCUGAAGCCCUAUAAUUUCAGCUUCCCCAAAGAGAGCAAAUUGGGAAUUUGAUGAGAGAACACACUGACCUGCACAUAAGUCUAAGCCAAAAAUUCAGCCAUAAUAAGGGAGGAUACAUGCUAUCAACAUGCAUUCAGGUCUACUCUUUCCUUUGCAUACUUGCUCAAAGAUUUGGGACAUAGCAAUAGCUUUGCAUCAUAUGAACCCAAAAGUAAAGUGGUGCCUCGCAAGACAAUUUUAAUUUGUUCCGCGGAAAUCGCUGUCUUGCGAAAACAUUGUCUUGCAAA